AUGCGAUCUCUGGUCUUUCCUCGUGUCUCCAAGACCCCUAGCGCACGUCCCUUCGCACAACUAUUUCGGGUUAUCGAUUUGAUUCAUGAAGCUCUUGUGGACGGCGUGCCAGUGACAAAGCGGGAUAUUUAUUACAAGGACGUUCAACUAUUCCGCUCACAGGCGACUGUUGAUCGACUCGUCGAUGAUCUCGCUGCGACACUGCAGCUGACCCGCGCCGACCUAGAUGUGCGCGCAUCCUCGAAAGGACUGAUGUGCGGCUCCGGCGUCACAAUGCACAUGCAAAGUGGAGAAACCCUUGAGCUGUGUGACGGAGACGCUUCCCUCAUCCCUCCAUCCGAGGACAUCAAGCGGUUUGCAGUAGCUCAGACCCUAGCAUGGGUACUAGUAGUGGAAAAAGAGGCCGUCUUCCAGACACUCUGCAGGCUGCGACUGGCAACACACGAAACGUUACCAGGAUCCGGCUUGAUCGUGACGGGAAAAGGGUAUCCGGAUGUGGCAACCCGCCAACUUGUCAAGACCCUUGCGGACAACCUCCCGGCGCGCGUCCCGAUCCUGGCGUUGGUCGACGGAGACGCCUACGGAAUCGAUAUCCUUUCCGUCUACAAGCACGGAAGCACGCGGAUGCGGCACGAGAACUCCCACCUCGCGGCCGACCGGGUGCAAUGGCUAGGCCUCUGGGCCAGCGAGCUUGCCUCGCUGGGCAUCGACAAGGAUGCGCUGCUUCCGAUCACGAAGCACGAUGAGAAGAAGGCGCGCUCGCUCUUGAAACGAGAAAACCUGCCGGCGCGGUGGAGGAAAGAGCUGCAGUACAUGCUCUUCUCACGACGCAAAGCUGAGAUCGAGGUGCUCGGAGCAGCCCGGGCGACCCAGGAGAGCAUCGCGGACCUCACUCAAGCUGCCUCCUUCUCACACUGUGACUUCAAUCGUGAACGCGCAGGAGGGAGCCCCGGGACACCCUUGUCACGGUACUUGGUCAAGAAGAUAGGCGACGCAUGUACAGAAUCGGGGCACAGUUCGGAGGAUUAAGUAGGGUUGCCCCAAAU